GAGCCGUGGCCAGCCUCGAAAAGCUUGCAAUAGAUGUGCGAGUGCCAAGGUGUCAUGCAACAAAGCUGAUCCAUGUGGUACGUGCGUCAAAGCUGGAGUCCAGUGUUCGUACAGUCGCCUGGAAUUAGGCCCUGCGACACCCAUAGAGGAUACUGCCAACAGCUCGAACACUACACGGAAGACCCAAAUGAACGGCCACACAAUUGCCUCCACGAGUACUGCUAGUCGCGUUCCAUUCCUACUCAGCUACACGGCUGCCGACGCUGGCAACCCAAAAGACUUCGUCCAGGCUCUGGAAACACUGAGAGGCCAUUCCGACAGGGCACUCUUGCAAGAUGAAGUUAAUGCUUGGGAUGACUCUCUCCAUCCUUUUCCGAUGUUUACGCCGUUCUUUGCGGCAGACAUGCUCCAACUGGAUGUCCCACAAGGUUCUUUGAGUCUAUUAGACCUCCUGCCACAAAGCGCACUAACUUCCGAUGCUCACGAUGAUGCCCUCCGGCGUCGCACCUCCGAUCUGAUCGCCUAUCUCGAAGAAGAUGGAAGAGCUUCGUCGUCUCACGACAUGAUCGCAAUCCUACUAACACCCACCAACCUGGAGCUGUGUGUGGAGAGCUUCUUCCAGUAUGCAUACAGACAUGUGCCGAUAGUCCACAAGUCGUCUUUCGAGAUCGUGAGCGCGGAGCUACCACUUCUGCUCUCGAUCUUUGUCGUUGGUGCUGUCUGGUCUUAUCCUCGAGAUACGUACUUCAUGGUACUUGACAUCGUUGAGCUGACUGAAAGAUGUAUUUUCGAAAGCGAUCUUUUCAAGACCCUUCAAGGUCCUGACAGCAAAUAUGUUACUGCAUCUUCCCCGGGGGUUUUGUCCCUUCUGCAGGCAGCCACAAUGUUGGUCUCGAUCAGUUUUGCUUUCCCGAACGCUGACCAACGACGCCGUUUUCGCUCACAAAGAUUUUUUGAUCUGAUGUCAAUUACGCGCUUGCUCAAAUAUGACAGCAAGGGAGGAUCUUACUCUCAGAUCACUGAUGCCGCAACCCAUUUUGAGUGGACGAAUUACGUCACUUGUGAAUCCUGCAAUCGGUGAGUCAAUCACGGGAUGGCCGACCUUGACCGCUAAGCCAUUUUCCAGAGUUAUAUACUACGUGUAUCUGCUCGACUGCCACAUUUCCACACUUUACGCUACAUUGCCACGCAUGCCUAUCCUGGAGAUGCAAGCUUGUUUGCCCUCGGAUGAGUCUGCGUUCGGCGCAGACAACGCUGAGACGUGUAGAGACAGACUGUCAAGCGUCCAAUU